UUCGAGACCUAUUCAGUACCUUCACGAUGAUAAUUCCGGCAACACUGGUUGGGAUCAGUUGGAAUCAAGUAUUUGCAAGUCUCCCGUUACUUCAUGCCCUCAGCCUUAAAUUUCAGUUUGUACUUAAACCGUUUAGCAAUAUGUUUUCGUUUAGCACGUUUUAAGGACCAUGAGUGAAUUUUUCAGGUCGGAAGGGGCAGGCGUAAAGGCGGAAAUGUUGAGUGACAAAAACAGAUCAACGGCAAACAAUAUGUGCAUAACUGUCGAAGUAUGUGUUGUAUGUGGAGACCGAGCUUCAGGUAGACAUUAUGGAGCUAUUUCAUGUGAAGGGUGCAAAGGAUUUUUCAAACGAUCAAUUCGGAAACAGUUGGGGUACCAGUGUAGGGGCAAUAAGAACUGCGAAGUUACCAAACACCACAGAAAUCGGUGUCAGUACUGUAGACUACAGAAAUGCCUUGCAUGUGGCAUGAGAAGUGAUUUUGCAUUACGCACGUGGUUUUUAGCCGUCCAACAUGAGCGUAAACCCAUCCUAGAUAAAAAAGAAUAUCAAAGCAACGCGAACAAUAACUACAGUCCCUCAGUAGCCAAAGGAAUUUACAUUAGAAAGGACUUGAACACAGAUCAACCCAUCAUUAACACCUCACUUAAUCAGUAUGAUUUAGGACUGCCUUUUUUCUCCAAAAGUAACAGUAGUGCCUCAGAACCGACGUAUUGCUCGCCAUCUCGGGCUAGUGUAGAUGAUGAUGGAUCAAUGGACAGUUCAACUGGCGCUGACUUAUCCGAUGCUAUUAAUAUAGCCAAAGAUAAACAGCUUAUUUCUAAAGCACUAGACAAUAUUGCUAAAGUUCAAUCCCUAGAUGGUUUAGAUCACUUAAAAAGCCAUAAUGAAGAAGACAAAUGUUUUGAAUAUGGGGGAUGCAUAUUGGAAGAAGAUAAUAUAAUUUUUACCGUGCAACUCCCCGGUCCAGUGCCGAAUUACUUACACAUUCACUAUAUCUGUGAAAGCACGUCUCGCCUUUUGGUCUCAUCUAUACACUGGGCCAGAAACUUAAAUGCCUUUAAAUACUUAAGUACAGCUGCCCAAGUCUAUUUACUCAGGGGUUGUUGGGCCGAACUCUUUACCUUGGGUAUAAUACAAUGUUCUCAUAUGAUAUCAAUUCCUACAAUAUUAAAUACUCUCGCUGGUCACUUACACAACUCUAUCAAUGAAAAUACCAUGACCGCUGUUAAAGUACAGCAAAUAACUGAACAUAUAGUUAAACUACAAUCGUUCAUAACCGCCAUGAUUGAACUGAACCUUGACGUGAAAGAAUUUGGAUAUUUAAAAGUUAUUGCGUUAUUUAGCCCUGAUAAUGUUGAUCAAGCGAGUAAAGUUCUCAUAGAGAAGUUACAGGAAAAAAGUUUUCGAGAGCUGCAAAAUUACAUUAUCAAGAAUAAUCGCGUAGAUAAUGGUGAUCGAUUUGCCAGAUUGUUACUGAAGUUACCACCGUUGAGGGCGCUUGAUUCUUCGAUACUGGAAGAACUAUUUUUUGCUGGCCUAGCUGGACAGAUGCAAGUACAUAGUAUUAUUCCUUAUAUCUUAAGAAUGGAUGCCGCUGGUACUAUUCAAAGCAACAGACCAGUGAAAUCUGAGCAAUUACCUGAUAAUGUAGUCAUUUAAUUUUUAAUUAGGAAAUUAUAAAAUGCCCUUAACAGGGUGUGUACAGGUAAUUAAAUUAAACGUAAAGAACAAACUUUACUCCCACGUUGCAAUAACUUUUAAUACUGUAAUAAAGAAACUAUCAACUUU